AUGAAGUCCAUCUUAGAAGCCAUUGCUAUCUCGUGGCGGAACAAGAUGAACUUCGGUGGCCUUGUUGGCCAACUGCAGCCACUCACAGACCAGCACAUCAACUUCCGUGUUGUGAUAGAUUUCAUUUUCGGGCCAGAGGCUUCAAGAAAUUUCUUCAUCCACAACAUCAGCAGCAAGCCCGCUUUUACAGAGGUCCAGAGCGCACGUGAGCUGGAAGCAAAGGUCUCAGGCUUUCAACGUGGAGCUCUGGUGUACUGCCAUGCUGUGAACGAGUGGCCCGUCUCAGUGGUGAUGCACCUGCGACGUGCAGAUCUGGAAAGGGGCGACACGCGUGCCACGCCCGACGACUACUACUACGGCCUAGCCGAAGAAAUUAAGAAGCUGCUGCCGUCCGAAGACUUGGACUUUCAUGUGUGGAGCUCUCCGAAGAACAUACCUGCAUUCGACUACCACUACUGGAAGUCUGAAGACUUUGAUGGGUAUCGUCAGCGCGGCAUGACGGUGCAUCUGGACGAGAAGAUAGACGACAACGAUGACAUGCUAAAAGCUUGGGUCCACAUGGCCAGGGCUGACAUCUUCAUAAUGUCGCAGAGCUCUUUCUCCAUGGUGCCGGCCUACAUGAACACCAACUGCGUCAUCUUUCCCUCCAACAUUGACUCGCCACUGGAGAACUGG